AUGACGAGAUAUCAGGCUUCGUCGACAUUCGAGUUCUAUCACCAGUCACCCGCUCUCGAUGCGAAACCUGUAUUUUCCGGGGACGAUGAGAUGAGCGUCCUGGAUGAUAAAAUUCUCGAAUCCUCCACUUCAGAUAUCCCCUCCAUGAACGACCCAAGACGGUCGUCCUUCGAUCACACUUCAGAGGACUUCUCCCGAAGAAAUUCAGUCUGGUCAGAAUCCCAAUCGCGGCAUGCCUCUCAAAUGUCUACUCCCCUCUUUGAGCCCGUAAACCCCUUUGCCCGAGUAGACACCUCACACCCAACCAGCUACGGCCAGCAACAACCAUGGCCUCUCUCUGCCGAUUCUGGUUCAUGUACGCCCACCCCAAUCUACGAACAAUUCCCCCAGGACUACGAUGGGAACUCCACCAACCCUUUUGCUGGUGGCGCAGUUGGUCCUGUUAACCCCAUGUCCUUCUCCCAUAUGCAAUAUCGACCUGGGUCGACUUUCCCCGGUUCUUCUGCCACCCCAAUGUCUCCCCAGUCCAGUCAGGGCUGGGUAUCAGGGACGUCAGAGGCUACCGAGGCACGCUCAAAACCUAGUCGGAAUAGCACAUACCGGAAUGGAUCUCCGCUGCAUUUGCGGAGAGACGGCAUCCGGAAGAAGAACGCUCGUUUUGACAUUCCCGCUGAGAGAACUCUCAGCAACAUUGACCUGUUGAUCAGUCAAUGUACCGAUGAGGAUGAGAUCAAAGAGUUGAAACAGCAAAAACGUCUGCUGAGAAACCGACAGGCAGCACUUGACUCCCGCCAACGGAAAAAGGUGCAUACUGAACAGCUCGAGGAAGACAAGAAACGGUCUUCCACUCUUAUCAACGAACUCGAAGAAGCUCUGCGGGAGAUGAAACUCCGGGAGCAAGAGUACCAUCGGGAAAAAGCGGAACUGUUCGAGCGUGAGCAGCAGUUGCGCACAUAUAUUAACCAGCUCCACAUGGAGAAGGAAGAGAUGAUUCGGUCCCACACACUUGAAACUGGUGAACUUCGCAAGAAAAACGCAAUUCUUCGAGAACAUCUGGAGAAAGUGGAGCUUGGUGCCCAGCCGGCUCCGAACUCGGCAUUCCGGAACGAAUUCUCUGAUUACGAGAACAUCACAAUGGAGAAUGCUCCUUGGGAUGACUUCUCGAUGGUGAACGAGUUCUCUCUUAACACCGAAAACCAUGGUCUCAUUCGCACGCCUACCCCUGUGCCUGACAACACUGUGCUUGUGACUUCCAAAAAGUCCGAGAAAUCCUUGGACAAGCCCCCAGGCCAUACCGAUUCCUCUCCUUUCAGCUGGAACACAUUUUAUAUGUGUUUACUUUUUGGUGCUUUUAUUGCAUCAAACAACAGCUCCAUCUCACCCGCUCUUCCAGCCCUCUCCGAGGAGUACCGUGCGGAAUCGGCAAACGUCUUGAGAGCUGUCCUCGCAUCUGCUGAUUCGUCCGAUGCCGCUAAUGCCCUCAACCCCGGGGCCCUUCCUGGCACAUCCUCCUCCAUCACUGCCAACCUUCCCACCACCAUUACUGGGGCGGAAAUGGCACAGAUUACUGGCGGAGGGCCCUCUACAUCAAAUCUUGACGACUUGCAUCGCAACCUUGUCGCCCCUACUAAGCAACAAGAGGAGGAACAAGUAUUCUCUCUCACCACAGAGAGGUAUAGGUCACUCACCACCUUGGAAGACGACGGAGGGGACUUCAAACCUCCUCCAUCGAAUUUCCAGCAAGCCUAUGCAAAUAUGCGCAAUGCUGGCAUGCAGCAUACGAAAAACGUUCCGGACAUCUAUUCACGGUCCCUAUUGUGGGACAGGGUGCCAGAAAAGGUAGUUCAAGAUUUUAGGAGGAUGGUGAAGGAAUGCAGCGCUUCCACCCCUAUCAAGGAUGAACAGGCCGGAGCCGUUUGCCAGUCAUAA